AGUCCAACUACCGUUUCUCCACCAACAAGGGAGGAUCUGGGCCUGUGGCAGGACGGCAAUAAAAGGAGGAAUUCUAGUGCUACGCUAAACUGAUAGAAAAAAAUUUUCAAACCUCAACCACCCCCGGAAGAACCUUCGGGGUGUCAAGAGUACUACAGUCCGAAACAUAGAUGGUUCUAUUAAUAACAUCAAAGAAGAUGAUGAAGAUGAUGUAGUGGAUUUGGCAGCUAAUUCACUCUUAAACAAGUUAAUCCGUCAGUCCUUAGUAGAAUCCAGUCACCGUGUGGAAGUUUUACAGAAGGAUCCCAGCUCUCCACUUUACUCAGUGAAGACAUUUGAAGAGCUGCGGCUAAAGGAAGAGUUACUGAAAGGAAUCUAUGCAAUGGGAUUUAAUAGGCCAUCCAAAAUCCAAGAGAUGGCUCUCCCUAUGAUGCUGGCACAUCCACCCCAGAACCUCAUAGCACAGAGCCAGUCUGGAACAGGAAAGACAGCGGCAUUUGUGUUGGCAAUGUUAAGCAGAGUUAAUGCCUUGGAAUUGUUCCCACAGUGCCUCUGCCUAGCUCCUACUUAUGAAUUGGCUCUGCAAACUGGCCGUGUGGUUGAGCAGAUGGGAAAAUUUUGUGUGGAUGUUCAAGUGAUGUAUGCCAUUCGAGGGAAUCGAAUUCCCAGAGGCACCGACAUCACUCAACAGAUUAUAAUUGGCACUCCUGGGACUGUCCUAGAUUGGUGUUUUAAACUAAAAUUGAUUGAUUUGACUAAGAUUCGUGUGUUUGUCCUGGAUGAAGCAGAUGUGAUGAUUGACACUCAAGGAUUCUCAGAUCAUAGUAUUCGUAUUCAAAGAGCUCUACCCUCCGAAUGCCAAAUGCUCCUCUUUUCAGCAACCUUUGAGGACUCCGUGUGGCACUUUGCUGAACGAAUCAUCCCUGACCCUAAUGUUAUCAAGUUACGCAAAGAGGAGCUUACCUUGAACAACAUCCGGCAAUAUUACGUGUUGUGUGAGCACAGGAAAGACAAAUACCAAGCUCUGUGCAACAUUUAUGGCAGCAUCACCAUUGGCCAGGCCAUCAUCUUCUGCCAGACUCGUCGAAACGCUAAGUGGUUGACCGUGGAGAUGAUACAGGAUGGCCACCAGGUGUCUUUGUUGAGCGGAGAACUGACCGUGGAGCAGCGAGCUUCCAUCAUUCAGCGGUUUCGGGAUGGGAAAGAGAAGGUUCUCAUAACAACCAAUGUUUGCGCUCGAGGGAUUGAUGUGAAGCAGGUCACGAUUGUUGUGAACUUUGAUCUCCCUGUAAAACAAGGAGAGGAGCCAGACUAUGAGACCUACCUCCACCGCAUAGGGCGGACAGGGCGCUUUGGGAAGAAGGGCCUUGCCUUCAACAUGAUUGAAGUGGAUAAGCUGCCCUCGCUCAUGAAAAUCCAGGACCACUUUAACAGCAGUAUUAAACAACUCAACGCGGAAGACAUGGAUGAAAUUGAAAAGAUUGACUAUUGAAGAAAGAACUUUAUUGUUUGUGCAAUAUCCUAGUUUAUGUGAGAACAUCUCAGUGGGUUUUGAAGGUAGUUUUUUUAUGUUGGGCUUUUUCGACAUGAAACUGUCACAGAUGGCAAAAUAAAUGUCACUGUACUUAGUGUUAAGACAUGAGGUCUUUUUGAAACCAAAUUGAUGUGAAGCUUGUGAUCCUUUUGAAUAAAAAAAAAAAGCAAGAUUAUUUCUUAUUCUAAUCUUUGUACAGGUAAUAUCUCAGUGUGGGCUACUGUGUGUUUUUGGAUUUGGUUUUUACAAUCUGAGCAGAUCGUGCCUCUCGGGAGCAUCUUACUGUGUCACGAGAGGGCGGUAGAGCUUCGCUGAUUUUGGAAGCUGAGCGGGUAGGAGACAGCCCUGUGUCUUCAGACCUUGUUCACAGGUGCCCUUUCCAGCCAUGUGUGCCUCUCCGCGCUCCUCACCUUAAACUCCCCCAUGCAUGCACGUGCAUGUUCUUAAGUGAAAGUACAGAUUAAAACUUUUAAAAAGUGAAACCAUUAGGAAGAAAGACUAUUUUGCUUCUUUAAUGUUUCAAGGGACAUACAGAAUUUCAGAAUAUUUUUCUAUUUUGCUUCUUACUGUCUUCAAAUUAGAGAAGAUUUCUCCCUCAUCAUUUAUGUUAUGGUCUCUAAAAGUGUGGCUUUAUUAUGGGCAUUUCUUAAAAGCAGUCGGUGGAGGGUAAAAAAAAAAAACCCACAUACCUUAUUAAAGAAGUAACAUUUCAGAGAGCAAAAAUUUUUUUUGUUUUUAAGCAUUUAAAGGUAUAUCUGAGAAUCCUGGACAUUUUUCCACAAGUCCCAUUGAGAUACGUUUUAAUUUUUCGUAUUUCCUACUCAAAAGUAAAGUGUAGUGAGCUUGAGAAAAUGGGGUAAAUAGAGAGCCUCCCAGAAAGCUGGAGCAGAUCUCGCAGCCAGAGCGCUGAUACCAGCUCUGUCACGGCACCGGACUGCACCAGUGGCUGCAGUGAGCGCCCCUGUCACCGGUGGGAUGCUGGUUCCUGGCAUAUCUAUUUUCAUAUUCCUCUUCCAUGUCACCCUGCCCGUGUUUUCCCCCAGAGGGCAGGGCUCAGAAAUACAUAAAAAUCAUCAAGUGGCUGGGUGCAAUGGCUCACACCUGUAAUCCUAGCACUUUGGGAGGUCAAGGUGGGCAGAUCACGAGGUCAGGAGUUCAAGACCAGCCUUACCAACAUGGUAAAACCCCUUCUCUACUAAAAAUACAAAAAUUAGCCAGGGGUGGUGGUGCGUGCCUGUAAUCCCAGCUAUACAGGAGCCUGAGGCAGGAGAAUUGCUUGAACCUGGGAGGCUGAGGUUGCAGUAAGCCAAGAUCAUGCCACUGCACUCUAGCCUGGGCGACAAAGUAAGACUCUGUCUCAAAAAAAAGAAAAAAAAAUGCUCCUUCAUUUAGCAACAGAUAUUUAUUGUGUACCCUUUAUGCUACACACCAGGGAAAAGGAGGUGAGUGAGAUACAACUGCCAUGUUGGAAUUCAGAGCCUAAUGGCAGAGACCUAGAAUAAGCCAGCAUGAUAACAGACUGUGCAAAAGCAAGCGGGCCCAGGUCACUAGUGUAGCACAGAGGAGGGACCCUAAUACCAUCUAGGCCAGCUUCGAGAGGAGAGGACACUCAGGAUCUACUACAGGAGAGCAGGAUGUCUUCAACUAUGCCUUCUCAGCAUGGACUUCCCAGCAACUUUCUAACCUGAGUCUAUGAGAGGAAGUGUUCCAGACGCAGCUCAUCAUAAUUACCUGGAGAGCCCGGGGAACAAAAUACAGAUUUCCUUCCCCAUGCAGAUGAAACCAGACUCUCCGAGGGCAGAGCCCAGAAAUACCCACUUCCAUAAGGGAGCCGCAAGCACAGGUAGAGCAGUGGUACUGAAGACGGCUGUCCCAGGGGAGACCCUCAGGCAGAAAGGCCCUCGGGGACAAAACUUGUCAGACGUGGAACUCCUGCUGCUCGGUGUCCAUCCUGGUUCUCCUUAUCCUACAUCUGCCCUCCUCUCUGGACUGGAAGCUGGUGAUCACUCUUGUCCACUCAAUACCCCUAACACAGUGCCCAGGGCAUCCUAGGCGUCCAAGGAACUUUUGUCUUUGUGGAGUAAAUUUUUUUUUUCUUUUGCCACUUCCUCAUUCACUAAUAAUUUUUUUGAGGUUUUCCUUCCUAGUUUUGAACCCCGAUUAUAUGGCACACGAUGAACGAGCAUGGUAAGUGUGUCCAGAUACUUUGUUCUCUUACUAUUCGAGAAUCGAGUUGGACUUUCCACCAUGCUCAGCUCAGCCUUGGGGUGUCCCAAAUAAAACUUUACCACUUCCCUUUCCAGUUCAAACUCUGGUAAGAUCUCCACCAGUUACCCUCAUGAGUGUCCUCAGUAAUUUCUGUUUGACAGCUGUUCCUACGGGUCUGCAUGCACUGGGCAUUUUUCUGCGUUCCCCUUUGCCCCCUCCUCACAUCCCUUUGUCUCGCCACCUAGGAGGCAGGAAAGCCAUCCUGUAUCACAGCUGCAUUAACACGAACUGGCUAGUUUGGUGAGUCAACAAUCCAAAGGCUGUUUUUGCAGCGUGCGGUUCCUUGUCAGAGCUGUAAGCAAUUUUCCUGUCUUCCUGCAUGGCUUGGCCAAGGUCAUCUCUCUCAAUGCCUGCCUGAGAACAAAGUAGAUAAAGAGGCAAGGAAACACCAGGUGAUUUCAGUGCAACUGUGAGCUGGGUUCAUCAGCUGUGUAUUUCUUGGCACCAAAGACUAAACCAAAUCCAUUAAGUUGAUCUUGGCCAGCUUAAUACUGUUAGCAUAUUGAAAUUCAUGAUUACGUAGAGCAGGACUGUGACUUCCAGUGGGUGAGUGAACACCUCGCCUGGAACACGGCUGCUAUGAUGUUAGGUGCUGGAUCUAAGGCAACCAUUAAUAAUAGGAAAGGCAAAUGAGUUGGUCAUAGUCUGGUAGGAUGUGUGACAGCUGCUUCUCAAGAGACAUUAUUGCUUUUGGUCAUGAGAAAGUGUUGAUCCUCCUCAGCAAAGCUCGGUCACCAUGAAAGCUGCUGGCAGUCUCUGCACAUAUGACCAACAGUGGAAAAUCUUAGAGGAGUGAUGGGGGCGGUGGAUGAUGAGCAGUACCUUUCCAGACACCACAGAGAGAGAGGUCGGUUUUGUCAAGCCUUGGCUUGGUUCCUGGUCCUCUGAGAGGCUCAGUCUCCAUCCCUUUGAUUCAAGUCAGGACCUAGAUUAGAAAGAGAACCCAAGCGGAGACAGUCCAGCUGUUGGGAUGGGCCUGCACUUUGCUCUCUGAACCAUUACUCUGUUCUCAUCCACAUUGUACAGACAGCCCAUCAUGCUCAGCCUUGCAGGAGGGUCUUCAGGAGCCCAGCCAUCCGGCACAUACUGCUUUUCCCCAGGGAGUAACAGAAAGGUCAGAUUCGCUUCAAUCCUAACCCUCUCACUUCAACUCUCCAUUACUUCUGGGGAAUAAUGAUGUAUAUCCAAGACCCUCAUAUCAUAUUAACCCACAAACUAUGAAAUCAUCAGUCUUGUUCUAUGCUACAGGGAAUCCAACUUUUUGCUCUAGAAAGAAUCCAAGAGGCACUCAACCCCAACAUUUUCUAUACUUUUACUAAUCCAUGGCUGAGAGAAUUUGACGUUUUCCCUUCUCUCUCUCUCUUUUUUUUUUUUUUUUUCUUUUUUUUUGAGAUGGAGUCUCACUGUGUUGCCCAGGCUGGAGUGCGGUGGCAUGAUCUUGGCACCACAACCUCUGCCUCCCCGGUUCAAGCAAUUCUCCUGUCUCAGCCUCCCGAGUAGCUGGGGCUACAGGCACAUGCCACCACGCCUGGCUUAUUUUUGUAUGUUUUUUUAGUAGAGAUAGGGUUUCACCGUAUUGGUCAGGCUGGUCUCAAACUCCUGACCUCAGGUGAUCCACACGCCUUGGCUUCCCAAAGUGCUGGGAUUACAGGCGUAAGUCACUGCGCCCAGCCUCUCCUUCUCAUUUCUGUCUGCUGACUCCUCUUCCUGUUCUGCUGCUCACACCCCCAGGUUGGUGUUUUCACUCUUGGUGUUCUGCCUUAUCCCUUGCCACCUUCCUGUGCCACCUGGGUCCCUCAGAAGGAUGGGCCUGGACUUCCCACACCCUGCUUGGCUGCUCCUCACUGUGUUGCCUGGUGUCUGCCAGGAGAGAUGCUGUUUGAGCCAUUGGCUGAUUUCUCUUACUGCUUUGCAAACUAUCAGUUUUAAAUGUGGGUGGGGCCGAAGCACCAUUCUCCAUUUUUAAUGUGGAUUUUCCAUCCCCCUUUAAACAUUGAACUUUUAGAUUCUUCUAGUGAAAUACAGAAAACACACCUGAACUGGGAUGAUUCUUGCCUAAGAGAUGUCCCACUGUGUUUGGCAAACCCACGGAGGGUCCCACGGGCCCAUGUCUGAAACUGCCUGGCCCUCCUUUACCAGUUGAUCAGAAUUCCACUUCUGCUGAGGUUAGAAAGAACCAGAGGCUCUGAUACAAUAAAAAUGAACUCUGAAGAGGGGCUCUCUCCCUCUUGUAUUCAGAAGAACUGAAAGUUUUAAUAAGUCUCUAGAGAAGCAUGACAACUCUCUGUAGCAUUUUUCUUUGGGAAUUAACCUUUGCCCAUAAUUAUUUAUAUUCAGUAGAAUAACCAUGGGUUUCUCUAUUCCAGUUUCUAGAAUAUAAUUUUCAUAAAUGAGGAUGGUCUCCUAUUUUGAGCUUAAUAUUUUUCUGUUGCUAGAAAGAAUGAUACUGCCUCACUCCAAUUCCCUAGUUUGUGAUCAUGGCUUGAAAUCUCUGCUUUCGGUUACAUUCCUCUGAAUAUAGUCAUGUAUAAUGGCUUCAGGCAUGAUUUAGAAGGCACAGACUGAGCAGGCCGCUUUAUGAGGUGGUGAACUCCCCAUUCCUGAGAGCAUUCAAUCAAUCAAGAUGAAUAGUUACUUGUAACAGAUGCUGUAGUUCUGGUUCUUGAAUUACCAGGAGUUGGAAUAAAAUGAUCUCAGAGACUCUGUCCAUUCUAAGAUACCAUGUUUCCAUGACCCUACACAGAAUAGCUACACAGGUGGAGGAACAUGAGUCAGAGAAGCUUUGCACAAAAGAAGAUUGUUUUCCACAAAUGAAAAUGGGGUGAUUAACUUCUAGUUGCACCCUGUCUUAGUUUUCAGAUGCAUUGGUUCCUUCCCCAUGUGACUAUCUCUUUAUACCAAGCUUAUGCUGAAUGUGGAUUAUUUUUAAUGUAAUGUUCACAUUGUAAAAGCAAUGAAACAGCAAACAAAGUAGAGUAAAAUAUCAAAAAUCUAAUGACUUUAUCAUAAAAAUUAUCAGCUUGAUACAGUCCUGUUCACUUUAAUAUAAACAUUUGUGGUUAAUUAUAGUGUUAUAUCUUUUUAUUUGAAACAUUCAAGUGUUUUUUUUUCAUGUUGCCACACAGUCUUUGGGAUGAUAUUUUCAAAAUAAUAAUCGACCAGAUGGUCCUAUCUAGUGAAUAUGCAUGUAGCUGUCUUUGUCAAACAUUUAUGGGAUGUCCAUUUUUCCAAAGCUUAAAUUAUAAAUCAUACUGCAGCAAAUAUCUUCUUGCCCAAUAUUCCAAAUUAUUUCUUAAGAUUAGAGACAUUAAGUGCAAGUACCAGGUCAAAAACUAGUAGCAUUUUAACAGAUUCUGUUAGGGCUACAUUGCAUUCAAUAGACUGUGGCUGUACUAAUAUAUAGUUUCACACCAAAUUCACCUCACCUUGACCAGCAAAGGAUAUUUUCAUUUUAAAAUUGCUUGGUAACUUUUUUGGUUUAUGUUUCUCUUUGAACAAACAAGAUUGUAUUUUUUAAAGUGGUUCAUCAUUUGAAAAGCAUCUGUGGUGUUCUUUGCCCUUUUACCUUGUGAGAUGUUAACGUUUUCUUUGUCCAGUUGUGUGAAAUAUAUGUGUGAAUUUCUGUUUCCAAAUAAAAUAAAGACAUUAACCUUCUAUUUUGCUGACAA